GAUUCACCAGCCAAAUUUCAGUGGCUUGUAAUUGCUGAGACCAAAUACGAACACCCCUAUAUGGUUCUCUGCAGAUGGAAAUAAAUGUUAAUUUUAACCUCUUUAUAUUAAAUGAUUCUGUUUAAACUCUUACAUGUUUAGCCUUUAGAGCACAACUGUCCCAGAAAUGUAUCACUAUUGAUAGAUCUGCAAUUGUUUUUCAUAGCAUCAUGGAUAAAAAAUAAUAAUAAAUGAGCACAAGCGAGUGUGUGUCUGUAAAUAUGAUGCUAGAAUAAAUAUAAUAGUAAAAAGUAUGAAAAACAUAAUGAGGAAACACUAAAAAAUUCUUCCAGAUGUUCUUUUUUUUGUAAAUGUGUCUAAAAUUCCUGAGCAUUCUGCAUUUGGCGUCUGCCUCAUAAUCCUCCCUGUUGUUAAGACAUCAAAUCCUGCCAUUCUUCUUUGGCUGUCCUCCUAAGGGACACAAUGACUGGAUCAAAGGGGGUGUUUAGGUCUUGAUUUAUGAGAGCUUGUGGAAUCUGAGAGAGAGAGAGAGAGACACCACUCUCUCAGGAGGCAGCACUCAAGUCACUUAACUUCCAGGUCUGACAGGACUCACGUUUCUUCGUUGACUAUAAUAUUAUGGAUCUAGGCAUGGGAAGCGAGAAGACAAGCUCAGAGAUACAAUAUGGAUCCGGCUUCCAGUCCAACCGCAGCGGGCAGACUGUCACAUAUCUGGGGAAGUUUGCCUUUGACACUCCUCCUUCAGGUGGCAUCAGUGGUUCUGGCUGGUGCCCCGACAACAACAUUAUAAGUCUCGUCAGUGCGGGCAUCUUGGGCGUCUCUCCAUCACCCAGCACGGUAACGACACAGACACCAUCCUCUGCAGCAAACAUGGGCGGACAGACAUCAGACAUGGAGCAGGUAUAUGGUCCUCCGCUGCCUGCCUAUUCCACCUGCAGUGACCUGUACCAGGAUCAAGUCUCCUUCCACCACAGCCCCGCCACCAGCACGGCUCUUGCCUACCCUGGAAAUGAAUAUCACUCCACAUCCAAAGCCCCCAUGGAUGGCAGCCUUUUUUCCAUGAUCCCUGACUACAACCUUUUUCAUCAUCAGGGAGAGGUUGGUGUCAUGGAGCAUAAGCCCUUCCAGACCAUGGACCCCAUCAGAGUCAACCCUCCACCCAUCACACCCCUGGAAACCAUCAGAGCAUUCAAAGACAAGCAGCAAAUCCACCCAGGAUUCAUUGGUGGGCAGCAGCACCCGCCUCAGCAUCACCCGCCGCCUCAGACUCUCACCCUCAAACCUAUCCGUCCCAGGAAGUACCCCAACCGCCCAAGCAAAACUCCUGUCCACGAACGGCCACACGCCUGUCCUGCUGAGAACUGUGACAGACGUUUCUCGCGCUCAGACGAGCUCACACGUCACCUCCGCAUCCACACUGGUCACAAGCCCUUCCAGUGCCGAAUAUGCAUGAGGUCCUUCAGCCGGAGUGACCACCUGACCACACACAUCCGCACACACACGGGUGAGAAACCCUUCUCCUGUGAGUUUUGUGGACGCAAGUUCGCCAGGAGUGACGAGCGAAAGAGACAUGCAAAGGUUCACCUGAAACAGAAGGACAAGAAGCAGGCGGACAAGAGCAGUGGUGUGGCUGGGAGCCACAGCUCGCCACCCAGCUCCUGCGGUGGCCCAGCGGUGGGAGCAUCAUGACCAUCACUACAUGCACAUGGACUAGACCCUAGCCAGAGACCAUACAGAGACUUAGGAAGAAAGGAUCACAUUCACUAUGAAAAAAAUAGGUGAUUCUCUUCUUUGUUUACACUCCGGCUCCUUUCAGUUCCUUCUAUUUUGAGAUGGACGUCUUUAGUGUAAGUCAGAGGGGAAGGGCUGCUUUCCUCUUGUUUUUUAAAAGCAAUUCAGAGCCUCAGUUACUGUAACAUAGUUUAGACAGAGAGAUGGACACUUCAGCACAUUCUGCCGCAGAGGUCUUUGUGUAUCACUAGGUUCUGAGGUGGAUGUGUCAUUUUACAGAAACUGUUUUCAUUGAAAGAAAGCCAGAAUGCAUGAGAGAGGCUGAAGCUGACAAAAAGAGCUCAGUGAGAAGGCGUUUUGUCUGGGGUGUAUGCAUUAAUUUUAUUAGGCUGUUUAAAAGUGCAAUUGGUUAUAUUUGUGUAUCGUCAUGAUUUUCUUAAUGAUGGCACGUGACUGUAUUUUUUUUGUUGUUAUUUUUGUUAAGGUGUGUUUUUUUAUAUUUGAAUGUUUCUUUCUUUUUGUUGUUUUCUAAGAAUUAUUUUUAAAGAAUGUGCCAAAUGUAUUGCAGUGAUGCAGCCAACAUUCCUUAUAUUUGUUUCUGACAUUUGCCUAACCCAAGAGUGGCAUCAGCUUAGCACAGCUGUGGAGACAAUGGAAAGAUCAGAUUCCACAUAGCAGAUUUAGAUAAACCUGCACAGUUUGUUUGAAUCAAGAUUUUUGCAGAAUAGGUCUUAUAAAGCAAAACCCAAUGUCUUGUCGUGUUACGUGCACAAACAUGUCUGCAGCAACUGAUGCCUUUGCCAAUACUUAUUUAUUUUUACUCACUGUGAGACAUCCUGUGUGUUGUUUUUCUCCUUUUUAAAUCUUGGUUUGCCAUUGUGUUACCAAAUGUACUUUCUGUUGCUCUUUUUUUUUUAUAAAUGCUCAAUAAUACUGUUUAUUUUUCAUGACUUCUGCAAUAUGCAAUUGAGUACAGACAUAUGCCACUAACCCGCAAAUCAACUUAACUUAGAGCACCGUUAUAGAUAAUGAACUAUUUAAUUAAAAAACACUGGGUUGCCAACAAGCAGUAUGUUAAAGAGAAGACGAAUAUGGGCCUCGGCAUGUCUUCUUAUUUUGUAACAUCUAAACUACCAAAAGAUGAGCAGAAAAUGGUAAGAGAAUAAAAAAAAGAUCCAUGUUUACAUAUUUCUAAUUCAGAGACUGGACUGCAAAUGUAUGUGUUCUUCUUUUUGUACAGUAUACAAAUAUGUAUGCAGGUAGCUACAGUAGAAGUUUCACUUUUUGUACUAAAAUGUCAAAUGCACCACAGUUCAGUGUUAAAUUGUGCAUAAAUGUGCAUUCCUUCAUGCACACUAUGUAAAUACAAACGUCUGCAUAAACAAGAACUCUCAAUUGACUGAAUGCUUGUGCGGAACAUGUCUUAAAGCUUUCAGUAAAACAAAAUAUUAUAUUGUCAAAAUGUUUAUAGAUCCCAGCAGUGGUGCCAAAUAUGUUGUUUUAUCUUCCACUCAAAGAAAAUUCACAAAGACAAAAAAUAAAAAGACAACACCAUCUAAAGGCUUUACAGUGGAGACCAGUUAAAAACAGCACUAAUGUGUUCUUUGAAUAAACUGCUAUUUGUUUUUUUUAUUUUGUGUAUGUCCAUUAAAUAAAUAUUGGUCAUUUUAAUUACCAAAGCCUCUCAGCUGUAUAAAAACACUGGUUAUUCGUAAGACGCUUCCCCAAAUGACUGAACCUAUUCAUAAACAAAAUACAUUACGGAUCAUGCAAAUAAUUCCCACUAAUGACUCCUCACUUACUUUCCUCAUUUUUACAGUGAGAGAAGGAGGCACUUGUUUUAUCUUUUAGCAACAUUUCGUGUAGGCUAUCGAUGGCUUCACUUGGAUCCAAGUAUAUUGUCAUUAUGUUAAUUAUUAUCACAACAAAAGCACAUUUACAUUUUUUUUAAAGUUUGUUUUACUGGAGAAACAGUUUUGCCUUACUUUUACAGAGCAAAAACAUUUAAGAUUGCAUUUUGGGCUGAGUGCCAGACAUUUGUUUUACAUUCCAAAGAAAACAAGUUUUACAAUUUUGCUUGACUGUGUUUUUAUAUACUUUUAUCACCUCAUUUGUAGUACUAUUUGAUGGGAAAAAGCUGCUUUAAAAAAUACUGCACCCAUCAGCACAAACAACUACUGGGCUAAAGGAGUUUAGGAACUGACUAAUGCAAAGGCCAAAGGAAAGGUUUAGACGAGCAGUGCCGCAUAGAAACCAGUACACGCUGUAAAAGAGCUCUGAAGGCCAUUCGGUCUCUUUCCUGAAACAGUUUUCACUGCUCUGCUUCCUGGCAAGUAUCCACUUAUUUUCCAAUUAAUUUGGCCUCAGCGGGUCCUUUCUAAACUCAUCUACAUGGUUAAAUGAGCAUGCCUCCUUGCACUUGUGUAAAAAGUUUAAAAGUUCUGACUGCCAAUAGCUGUAAUUCAAUAGGCUUGUGGCAUGGAAUCCUGUAGUCCCAUCGCAUUGUUUGGGCAAUGACAAAUUCAAGUUCUGCUCCAGCAACUGAAAUACAAAACCUGAAUAACCCCAAAAUUGAUUUUGCAGACUGAACUAUUAAACUAACUUUCAAAUCUCCAGUAUCAAAUAAUGAGUUCAACAGCUAAUUUGUUUCACUAUACAAUUGUCAUGGACCAGGUUGAAAUUGGCAAUAAGCAAUACCCUUAUAUGGAUCAGAAGGAAAAGAAUAGAUACAACAUGAAAGAUAAUAAGAAAACUACAGCCUGUAAUUAUUUCUAGACUUAUUAGAUGUUAUAAGUACAUACUGUGGAUCAUUUAGACCUUAUUUUACCAAAAGUUUUUCUCUCCAGGAAGAGAACAUUAUGUUCCUGUUGCUCUGUGUUGAAGAAUGAUGAUAAGUAAGGCGAGGAUAACAGCAAAAUAUUUCAACAUCCAAAUGAAGCCAUGUAAUUACAAGUUUAGAAAUGAUAUUUCCUCAACCUCACAGUGUCUGUUACGCUUUAUUUUUUAUGUUUUUGUAAAUUUUGUAAAAUUUAUAUUAUCCCUUGCCCCCAGCCCACCACUUGCUUCCUCAGUACUGUUUGUCUGUUAUAUUAUAGCACAGGGUGCAAAACCGUCUUCUGAAUACUAACUAUUGUAAUAUGUGGAUGCCAUAAGCAUUCAUGAUUGACCUGUUAAACUCCAAACAAACUCCUUAUAAUGUAUUUACUUUCCUCUAUGAAUUACUUAUCAUAUGUGCUCAAUAUUCUAUUGGCCAAAAGUAGGUGGCUGAAAGGUCCUCAGCUCCAUGUUGGAUUCGAGCCAACAUCGGCAGCCAUCAUUGCACUGAACUGGGUUGCAGGGUUGGCUGAUCAAAAACAAUACAUGGUGGGAACUCCACAGGAGCAACAAAUCAUAAACGUGACCCUCGUCUGUUUGCAGCUGAAGGCAGCCUUGUGCUAAUGUUUCUGCAUAACGGUUUGAUUCAGAUUUCACGAAAUCGGCCCUGUGCAAGGCACUGAGCCUUGGCUCACUUAUGGCAAUUCAUGGUCAUCAAUUUUUUUUAAAACAAAACAGAAAAAAAACCUAGUCAUGACUUCAGCAACAUGUAGAUAUUAUUCUAAGCAACUCAUGUCAUCUUAUGGACUACAGGGUGGCGUCAGGGAUUCAGCAGUGACGCUGGUGUUAAAACAGAGUCGAUGCUCACUGUUUUCUGUUGUGCUGUGUUUCCUUUCAUUAACAGAAUAUCCUCACGUUUGCAUGUGCACGGAAAGUGCCACCCACACUUUCUGGUGGUGGUACUCCCUUUUUUUUUAUUAUGCAUGAAAAAAGUCACAUGGGUGAAAAGGAACAAACCUAACAACAAUGCAAGAUGGAUAACUGGAAACACACAUUGGGAUAACUGUUCUGUUGGCUUUUUUGUUAAAGAAAAGGGGUCUUGUUCAAAGUGUUGUGGAUGUCUUUUGCCUAUUUAAUGUUUUAUUACCUUAUAAUAAGGUCAUUUUAUGCUGAGCUGAAUAUUUAAAUUAAUUUUACUAUAUCUUUGUGAUAGGGAGAUGUGCUCCCCUGUUUACCUGGCACUUCAGUUUGUUGUAAUGCAAAUGUUUUGUUAUUUCUAUGUAAGUACUUGAAUAAAGAAAUAUAUAACUUUC